UGUGUUUCCCUGCACCUCCAGUCUUCAUUCACUCUCUUUCUAAACCGAUUCCAUUUCCGUUUCUGUUCACUUCUCCCUCUUGAGCUCAAUGGCGCCUCCCAUGGACGGCCCUAGCGACUAUCGUCAACUUUUUGUCGACGACGCCGACUUCUACAACCGCCUUCUGCUCGGCACUCUCUUGCCUGACUGCGUGUGGGUCCCUCUCCCUCGCUUCUUCCAGACAUGGCUUCGCAACUACAUUGGCGGUGUCCUCGUUUACCUCCUCUCCGGCUUCUUCUGGUGCUUCUACAUCUAUUACUGGAAGCGCAAUGUUUAUGUUCCUACAGAUGCCAUUCCCUCUCGUAAAGCCAUGCUCUUGCAAAUAUCUGUUGCAAUGAAAGCAAUGCCUUGGUACUGUGCACUUCCGACUAUAUCUGAGUACUUGGCAGAAAUUGGCUGGACAAAGUGUUUUCCAAGAUUAAAUAAUAUCAGCUGGCUUGCCUUCCUUGUAUAUUUAGCCAUUUACCAAAUUUUUGUGGAAUUUGGCAUUUAUUGGAUGCAUAGAGAGUUGCAUGACAUAAAACCACUUUACAAGUAUCUUCAUGCUACUCAUCACGUCUACAAUAAACAGAAUACUCUCUCCCCAUUUGCUGGUUUGGCAUUUCACCCUCUUGAUGGGAUCCUUCAGGCAUUGCCACAUAGUAUUGCUCUGUUCAUCAUCCCAGUUCAUUUAACUACACACCUAGUGGCUAUAUUCAUUGAGGCCAUUUGGACUGCAAAUAUCCAUGACUGUAUUCAUGCCAAAUUGUGGCCUGUCAUGGGUGCUGGAUACCACACCAUUCAUCAUACCACUUAUCGCCAUAACUACGGCCAUUUCACCAUUUGGAUGGAUUGGAUGUUUGGGACUCUUCGUGACCCCUUAGAUGAUGAUGGAGGUAAGUUGAUGUAAUGUGAUGAUUUCGUGUCAUCGAUGGCCUAGUUGCUUUUUUAGUCUACGUUGAGAAAAGUUCUUAGGCAGAUUCAGUCCACAAUAAGUUUUGUAGAUCAAAUUAAUCAUGAAUGGACAUACAGGCAUUUCAUUGUUUUUUAUGCUUGGAUGUUCUUUAAUCAUUCUAUCAAGGUUUUUUUAGAAGUGUGCGGACUUAGAAGUUUUUCCUUCAUGGGAUAAUUGUGUUGGAUUCUUGAAAUCUGGUUCUUCAUCUUUGAAGCAUAAGGAUGUUCCUUCUGUUUUCGAUAUUUCUGUUUUUUGACGCAUCCAUUAAAAUUUACAAGGAUCUUCUAUUCUAUGUCUCUCUACAUUCAGUUGAAGCGCGCUUCAAGGGAUCUAAUUAUGUAUCUGAGAUAUAAAUCCUGUAAAUGCAUUAUACUUUCUUCA